UUUUUCAUUUAUGUCAAAGAACAAAUGUUUCUACGAAUUUCGUCUGACCAAUAAUACAAACUCAAAACUUUGCUUUAGAAAUGCCGUGAAGCUCUGCUAUUGCACAAUUGUGAUUGCAACGGCGAGCUAGAAACCGCUAUAAAUACAUCUCCAGUGUCAUUAAUCGAAUGCGAAUCAAAUGUCUCGAAUGAUGUCUCGUUCGAGAAGUCGGAGUUAUGAAGUUCACAAAAGACCUAUUGAACCUCCGUCGCCACCAUCCGUCGGCAGGAAGUACAGAGAUGACGACAGCCGCAGCGGUUCUCGAGAAGUGACACUUCGAAAGAAGCGAAAAAUGUCGUAUGAUCGAUCGCGUUCACGAUCUAUGGGUCGACACGGUCACAGAUCAAGCAGAUAUGAGCGGAGCCGAUCUCGGUCGUUCUCGCCGCAUAAGCGUCGCAGUGAUCGUCGCCGAUCUUACUCCAGAAGCCCGUACAACGAUCGCUGGAGACAUGUGGGUACCCGGGUAAGUGAAAAACCGAAGAAAAGCCGUUGCCUUGGAGUGUUUGGUCUGAGUGUCUACACCACGAAAGAUCAAAUCAUACAGAUAUUUUCAAAGUACGGAUCGAUCGAGCACGUUCAGGUUGUGGUCGAUGCGUCGACUGGCCGUUCCCGUGGCUUUUGUUUCGUCUACUUUGAUCGCACCGAAGAUGCAACCGUUGCCAGAGACCACUGCACUGGCAUGGAAAUCGAUAAUCGUCGCAUUCGGGUUGACUAUUCAAUAACGUUGCGGCCGCACGAACCAACGCCAGGCAUUUACAAAGGUCGUUCGACUCGGUCGCACUAUGAAAGAGAUCGCAGUGACGGUCGUCGCCGGUCACCGUCACCCUAUCGAGAGCGUCGUCGACGCUACAGCAGAUCACGCUCGUAUUCACGUGAACGGAAAUAAUUUUCCCAUUUUUCCUUGAAAACUUUUUCUUCUUUUCUUUUUCUUUGCUAAUUUUUAAGGUUUUGAUUUGUUCAAAGCACACAAAAAAAAAAACGAAACGGACCACAUUGAUCUCUUUUGUUCGUUUGCCUUACCGAUGUGUUGGUAUUAUCUGAAUGGUAGUAUAUUAAUCCCGGGACAUUUGUGGAAUUGUGUUGAAUCUUUAUUGUUUUAAGAUCUUUUUUUUUCGUUUAUGAAUUGCCAUGCUUUUUUGACCAGCCUUUUUCUAUGAUAAGGACAUUAAGUACUUUAAAAAUUACAGACUUUCCGAUGUUACCACAAAAAAUGAAAAUUUGUUUUUUUUUAUUUAACAAAAAUAUUUAAAAUAACGGCCACACAACACCCAAAGCAUGGCAUUGAAUGACACGAAAUUUACUAAUUUAAACAAAAAAAAAAUGAUGGUAAAACCAUCCGAAAUGGUACUUAGCUUAAGACGUGUUUUUGGUUUUGUUUUGAGCGUUCAACUGAAAAAAUAUUUACAAAAAAUUGUGAUUGAAUUUGCAUUACGUUGGAUAAGAGAAACUUAAUAAUAAUUAAAAAUGAAUAAUUUCGUUUUGGACACUCACCACCCUAACAAAAUGUUUAUUUUAAUUUUUUUUGGAACUGAUUUUCGUUUGUAAUAUUCUAGCACAUUAAAAAUAAAUAAAAAAUUUUUAGUUUUAAUUUAAUGAAAUGAAACACACAACUAAAUUAUAGGAUCGAUUCGAUCAAAAAA